AAUCACACAGGCUGCGGCCUGAGAACGACGAUGACGAAUAGGCUCUCGGCGAUGGCCAAGGUCAUAUUUUCCCGCUACUUGUACGACCUUCCACGACCUUCCAGACGGCCACAAAUAGCUGACGCGGCGGUCGAAGUUGAUGAGUCACCGCUGCUGCUUCACCAUGACGCCACGACAUCGGUCAUAUACAAUAAUUAACUGCCGAGGGGCCCAUGCAUCCGCAGGAUGAUCCUGUGUAUAUAUAAGACCUUUGUUUAAGCCAGAGGACUUCAUCAGCAUUGUCUUCUGCGUCCAGUCAAAGUCUUCUCUAGCAACCCGCCUCUCUCCCCACGUCAGUGAUGUCAUCAUCCUCCGGACUCUACAUCCCCAUACACAGACGGGCAGCUUCACCGAGCUCAUCGAGCUCAUCAAGGGUUUCUUCACCAGCGCACUCAUUGUCUCCCUUGCCUCAUGAUAGUCCGUUUAUCUACACGCCUUCAGACUUGCUUUUAUUAGCGUCAUCGCCACUAUCAAAGUUAUCGCAUGAGGAAUUCAACACCUUGCGAGCUGUAGCACCAGAAAUCGUGCAGAGCCGCAGGCAGCGCAGAUCACGCGAAUGGCGCAUGAACCAUAGCCCGUCCUGGAACCCUCACGGACGCUCCUCGCGCUCACAUUCAAACACUUCUGAGUCAGAGGGGGAGGGACAUGGAAGCAGGAUGUAGCUCAUUGCAGCAUGACAUAUACCCGUACGAGUUGACCAACUCUACCGCUCGUCAUCCACAGAAUACCCCAAGCUUAGUGACAAUCACGUACACCCCUCAUCAGUUCGUAUGUAAAUGAAGACCCAGGAACUACAUUUCCUUCGUCACCUUAGUAUCAAAUCCGCUCAUAUGUACACAAGCCCUCACCCUUAUGAUGAUGUACUACUUAAUACUGGCAAUAGAUGUACUGUAUUCCACCGGUAUCCACAUGAGAUUUUACCAUUCAGUGUCUAAACUAAACUAGAAACUCGUCAGAGUA